CGCAUAAGUCUUUGCUGCCUUUGUAUCGACUUUUUUUUUGUAUAUAAUGAGUGAAACGAUGGGUUCUGGUCAACAGCCUCUGGGCCCACGUGGGUUAUCGUUGGAGCAACAAAGAGCCAUUGCGGCAGCCCAAGCUCAAGCGGCCGCGCAACCUUUUCAAUCGACGGAUCGAUCUCCAUCAUUUUCGCGCGAUCCCAACAACUUCCAACCCAUGUCACUGUACGUUGGUGAACUCGACUCGACCGUUCAGGAAGCCCAGUUGUAUCAACUCUUUGAAAAAGUCGUCCCUGUCGAAAGCAUCCGUGUUUGCCGAGACGCCAUCACUCGUCGCGGACUAGGCUAUGCUUAUGUUAACUUUCGAUCCCAUCUCGACGGAGCCAAGGCAUUGAAGGAGUUGAAUUACACAUUGAUCAAUGGCAAACCAUGUCGUAUGAUGUGGUCAGAGCGAGAUCCUUCUCGACGCAAAGUGGGCCAGGGCAACAUUUUCAUCAAGAACCUGUCACUGGACGUGGAUACCAAGUCAUUGCACGAUACCUUUUCCCAGUACGGACCCAUUGUCUCAUGUAAAAUUGCCUUGGACGAACGAGGCUUCUCCAAGGGCUUCGCCUUUGUACAAUACGAAACCCCUGAAGCAGCCGAACGUGCUAUCCAAAAUACCAACGGCAUGACCAUUUUGGAUAAAGAAAUUUAUGUCGGACAUCACAUUCCCAAAAACCAGCGCCAACCGAAAGCGGAGGAAGUCAAGCCAUCUUUUACCAAUGUGUAUCUCAAAAACUUGGGUCUGGACGUGGAUGAAGCAGAGUUGAAGCGAUUGUUUGAUCGCUUUGGCCCCAUUUCUUCGGCCGCCAUUCAACGUGAUGAGCAUGGAUGUUCCAAAGGAUUUGGGUUUAUCAAUUUUGAUAGACAUGAAGAUGCCGAAAGAGCGGUCAAUGAAAUGCACGACACGGAAUAUCUCGGUCGACGAUUGUUCGUUUCGCGCGCGCAAACCAAAGCCGAGCGCGAGGAUGAACUUCGCAAGCAACACGAGCAAGCCCGUAUGGAGAAACUGCAGAAAUAUCAGGGCGUCAACCUGUAUGUGAAAAAUCUUCCCGACGAUAUGGACGAUGAAAAACUGCGCGAAGAAUUUGCCAGAUUCGGCGUGAUCACCAGUGCCAAGAUCAUGAAAGAUGACAAGACUGGUAUCAGUAAAGGAUUUGGUUUUGUCUGUUUUACCUCGCCCGAUGAAGCCACCUCGGCUGUCGCCGAAAUGAAUGGACGCAUGAUUGGUGAUAAACCCAUGUACGUCGCUCUCGCCCAACGCAAAGAAGAUCGACGAAAUCAACUUGCCGCGCAAAUGUCACAACGCCAACAAGUGCAUCCUCUCUAUUCACCCCCAACCGCCUACAAUGCUCCUGCAACGACAGCGACGAUCCCCACUUAUCGCGGAUCCCCCGCAGCGUAUCCGGCCGCAGGUGGUCUGGUUCAAGCGCAUCCCAAAUUCUCGCGUCCCACGUCUCCCGCGGUUCCUGUGUCGCCUGCGGUGCCCGUGGUUCCAGCAUCACCAGUGACACCGGCAUCGCCCGUCACCACAUCGCCCGUAUCAGUGCCAUCCACGCCGGUGAUCCGAUUGGCGGAUAUUCAACCCAUCGAUGUCAAGCCUACCCCGGCGCCUGCACCUGCACCUACGCCUGCACCUGUGCAAAAGGUCGCGACGCCUCCGUCUCAGCAACCGUUAACCAUGGAAUUACUCAACACAUACACCCCUGAAAUGCAACGGCAGACAUUAGGCGAACGCAUUUAUCGCACCAUUCAAUCCACGUAUCCUGACCUUGCAGGCAAACUCACAGGCAUGUUGCUUGAACUGAGCAAGGACGAGGUCGUUUUUCUCAUUAACCACAAGGAAGCAUUACUAGCCAAAACCGCCGAAGCGGCUAAUGUGCUAAAACAGCAUCGUGCCGCCAAAAAAUAAAAAACUCAAAAACGUCCCUGCAUUUCUUGUUA